UUCCGACAUAUGACUUUCCCCGGGAAGACGAUUUGGCGCGCGCUGUUCUGUUGUUGUGUUGACCUGCCAUAACCGUACGAAUUAAUACGACAAAACCCCCACUUCUCCCCAUGGCUCCAGUGUCAAACCCUGAGAAAGACAUGGACGCUCCGGACGGCGACGAUGGAAGUGAAGCCUGUGGUUUGGCGAAGACUCGCUCCAGACGGGAGAAACGGGAGAAGGUGGGGAGGAAGUCCGCACUGGAACAGCUCAAAAAGGCUAAGAUGGGAGAGAAGAUCAAGUAUGAGGUGAAGGAGUUCAGCAGUGUGUAUGAGGAGGUGGACGAGGAUGAGUACUCAAAGAUGGUACGAGAGAGGCAAGAGGAUGACUGGAUUAUUGAUGAUGAUGGAACAGGAUACGUGGAGGAUGGACGAGAAAUCUUUGACGAUGAUUUGGAUGAUGAUGUAGUAGAAGACAAAAGGGGAAAAGGAGGCGCCAAAGGAGCUGACUCAAGGAAGAAUGUGAAGAAAUCUGUCGUAGCCAAACCCAACAGCAUUAAGAGCCUAUUCAUGAACAGCAACGUCAAGAGGCCUGCUGAGAAAGAUGUGGAUCUGUCCAAAGAUGACCUGUUAGGGGAUAUCUUACAGGACCUGCACUCUGGGAAACCAGCUCUUCUGACUCCGCCACCUGUGGUGACUCUAAAGAAAAAGAAAUCUGUGGGAUCACCCAUGAAUCCUUUCUCUAUCAAACCUCAGUUGCCAAAGGACUCCCCCUCAGCUGCUGGGGUAAAGGCAAAAGUGAUUCGAACGCCACCAUCACACUCUGCCCCCAGGUCAUCAGUCCGCCCUCCUUCGUCCACAUCUGCUUCUCCUGUGGCAAAGCAGAAGGUAAAAGUGGAAGUGCUGAAUGAAGAAGACAAGAACGAAGAAGAAGUGAAUGAUGCCAUGGCAUUUGAUGAGAUGGACUUUGAUGAACCGAUGGAGGUUGGCCUUGAGGAGGAGGCACCUGUAGUGAAAGAUGAUGCGGAGUCUAAACCUGAAGUAGCAGCAGUGACUGCAGUCAAAGUUGAGGCCAAAGCUGAACCUCAGGAUCCAGUCCUCAUGUCCAGCAGAAUUGGAAGCUCUUGGGGACAAGAGGAGGAGGGCGGAGGUAACGACGCUCCGGCCGAGGUGCAGGUCGAUUCCGGCCAACUUCCUCUGGUGGAGGGCCCAGACGGGGAGCAGGUGUUCCGCUUUUAUUGGUUGGAUGCUUUCGAAGACCCAUACAACCAACCAGGUGUGGUGUACCUGUUUGGAAAAGUGUGGAUUGAGUCUGCAAAGUCUCAUGUCAGCUGCUGUGUCAGCAUCAAGAACAUUGAGCGGACCAUGUACCUCCUACCUCGCGAAUAUAAGACAAACCCCAGGACCGGGGAGGUGUCCAACACUCCAGUAGGGAUGAUGGAUGUGUACCAAGAGUUCAACGAGCUCUCUGAGAAGUUUAAGAUCAUGAAGUUCAAGUCCAAGAAAGUGGAGAAGAACUAUGCGUUUGAAAUUCCUGACGUGCCCACUCAGUGCGAGUACCUGGAAGUCAGAUAUUCUGCUGAGUUCCCCUCGCUGCCUUCUGACCUCAAGGGGGCGACCUUUUCCCACAUUUUUGGAACCAACACAUCCAGUCUGGAGCACUUUCUCCUCAGCAGGAAGAUUAAAGGCCCUUGCUGGUUGGAUAUCAAGUCACCACAGCUAAUGAACCAGCCGGUCAGCUGGUGUAAGGUGGAGGCGCUCUCUCUGAGGAGUGAUUUAAUCACCGUCGUCAAAGAUCUCCCACCUCCACCACUCACUGUCAUGUCCAUCAGUCUCAAGACUGUCCAGAACCCUAAAACUCACCAAAAUGAGGUCAGAACACACACGAUCAAAUAUCCUAAUGGGAAGGUGGAGAUCGCUUCUACAGAGAGGACCCUGCUCGGCUUCUUCCUGGCCAAGAUGCACAAGAUUGACCCUGAUGUGCUGGUGGGUCAUGACAUCUUUGGAUUUGACUUGGAAGUUCUUCUCCAGCGCAUCAAUGUGUGUAAGGUUCCCCAUUGGUCAAAAAUUGGACGCCUUAGGAGGUCCAAUAUGCCCAAAUUAGGGGGUCGUAGUGCCUUUGCAGAGAAGAGCGCCACCUGUGGCCGUCUGGUUUGUGAUGUGGAGAUCUCAGCCAAAGAGCUGAUUCGCUGUAAAAGUUAUCAUCUGACUGAACUCACUGCUCAGGUGCUGAAGACUGAGAGAAUCACAGUCCCGCAGGAAGACAUUAAAAACCUCUACAGUGACUCUCCUCACCUCCUGUACCUGUUGGAGUUGACGUGGACAGACGCCAAGUUGAUCCUCCUGAUCAUGUGUGAGCUCAACGUGCUGCCACUCGCCCUGCAGAUCACCAGUAUUGCUGGAAACGUCAUGUCUCGUACUCUGAUGGGAGGCCGCUCUGAGAGGAACGAGUUCCUGCUGCUUCAUGCCUUCCAUGAGAAAGACUACAUCGUCCCUGACAAACCUUCUUUCAAAAAAGCACAGCUCGAGACGGCUGAAGGCGAAGAUGAUGUGGAUGCAGGCAAAGGCAAGAGGAAGAAGAAGGCAGCCUAUGCUGGAGGUUUGGUGCUGGAUCCUAAAGUUGGUUUCUAUGAUAAGUUUGUGCUGCUGCUUGACUUCAACAGUCUGUAUCCUUCAAUCAUCCAAGAGUUCAACAUCUGCUUCACCACCGUGCAGAGGGAGGCUCACAACUCCCAAAAGAAGAAAGAGGAGGAUGACCCAGAGGAAAUUCCCGAGAUUCCAGAUCCUAACCUAGAAAUGGGAAUCCUGCCCAAAGAAAUCAGGAAGCUGGUUGAACGGCGUAAGCAGGUCAAAGGGCUCAUGAAACAGCAAGACAUCAACCCAGAUCUCUACCUGCAGUACGACAUCCGUCAGAAGGCUCUGAAGCUGACUGCUAACAGUAUGUAUGGUUGCCUGGGAUUCAGCUACAGCCGCUUUUACGCCAAGCCACUUGCUGCCCUGGUUACACACAAGGGUAGGGAGAUUUUGAUGCACACGAAAGACAUGGUUCAGAAGAUGAAUCUGGAAGUCAUCUAUGGAGAUACUGACUCUAUCAUGAUCAACACAAACAGCAAGUGUCUGGAUGAAGUUUUUAAACUUGGCAAUAAGGUGAAGGCAGAAGUAAACAAGCUGUACAAACUAUUGGAGAUCGACAUUGAUGGUGUGUUCAAGUCUCUUUUGCUGCUGAAGAAGAAGAAGUAUGCCGCCCUUGUGGUGGAACAACACGGAGAAGGACGUUUUAGCGUCAAGCAAGAGCUCAAAGGGUUGGACAUCGUCCGUAGGGAUUGGUGCGACCUGGCUAAGGAAUGCGGCAACUACGUGAUUGGGCAGAUCCUGUCUGAUCAGAGUCGUGAUGUCAUUGUGGAGAACAUCCAGAAACACCUGGUGGAGUUGGGAGAGAAGGUGGCUAGUGGAGACAUACCACUGAACCAGUAUGAGAUCCACAAGGCACUCACAAAGGAUCCUCAGGACUACCCUGAUAAGAAAAGUCUCCCUCAUGUCCACGUUGCUCUGUGGAUUAACUCUCAGGGUGGUCGUCGGGUCAAAGCUGGAGAUACCAUCUCCUACCUCAUCUGUAAAGAUGGCUCCAACCUACCAGCCAGUCAGAGAGCCUAUGCUCUAGAACAGCUCCAGAAACAGGAGAAUCUCACCCUGGACACACAGUACUACCUGGCCCAGCAGGUCCACCCUGUGGUGUCUCGCAUCUGCGAUCCUAUUGAGGGUAUUGACGGUGUACUCAUAGCCUCGUGGUUGGGUCUGGACCCGAGUCAGUUCAGAGCUCAGCAGCAGUUCCAGAGGGAGGAGGAAGCCGACGGCUUGCUGGGUGUUCCCGUCCAGCUGACUGAUGAGGAGCGCUAUAAAGACUGUGAGAGGUUUACUUUCACCUGUCCUCAGUGUGGCACUGACAACAUCUACGACAGCGUCUUUGAAGGAGCUGGUUCAACGGUUGAGCCUAGUUUGAUGCGCUGCUGUCACAUCCCUUGUGGAGGUUCUCCAGCUGACUACGUCGUCAACAUCCGCAACAAACUUGUGCUUGACAUCCGCCGCCACAUCAAAAGAUACUACGCGGGCUGGUUGGUGUGCGAGGACCAGGCCUGUCAGAACAGGACCAGACGUUUGCCCAUCGCCUUCUCCCGGCAUGGACCCAUCUGCCCCGCCUGCAGCAGGGCGACACUUAGACCCGAGUACUCGGAGAAGGCCCUAUACAACCAGCUGUGCUUCUACAGGUUCAUCUUUGACUGGGAAUACGCAAUCACAAAAGUACUAAAUAAUGACGAAAAAAAACCGUUUAACAAGAUGAAUGAAGAAAAAGAGGUCUAUCGGAAGCUAAAGGAUGUACCAGACAAAGCCCUGGCGUCCAGCGGGUACUCGGAGAUUAACCUGGCCAAACUCUUCCAGGCUUUCUCCUCCCUCAAGUAAAACAACAUAAACCUCCAUGAAGACGUCACCACCAAGAGGCUCCAGUUUCUCACUCAAAAAGCUGGACAUAUGCUCACACAACCACAUCUGUUUUCUUUGUUUGCAGUUUCCACAUAUAGACCUCAGCCUCCUAACCCUUACGUCAUCUACCCUGUAGCUAAUGGGCUUGUAAUAUAGCUUAAAACCCAAUCACAGCUUCCCCAUCCACACAAACUCUCUCAUUAUUUGACCCCGUCACCCUGGCUCUGUAUGGUAAAGGGAAGCAGCAAUCAUACCUAAAUGACAGCCUAUUGUGCGUGCAGAGGCUAGCUGUGCCCAGAUGUGUGUGUGCGUGUGUGUGUAAGUGUGAGAGUGUAAAAAUGACUUAUCCUCAGAGCAGCCAGUAUAGUCCAAAAGCAGCUAAUUACCCAAUGAUAGUGACCCCAGCCUCUAAGACCACUGGAUGCCUGCAGCGAUCGGACACUUGUUCUGAUUACUACCAUUCAUCCUGUGUGUGUGUCUGUGUGUGUGUGUGAGUCAGAUCAGUGGAUGAAAGAAAAGAGUAAAGGAGGAUGCAGGGAGUGACGGGGUGAGGGAGGCCACACGCGCUGCUCCCUCGCUCUUUUGUCCCAGUAUCGAACAGCUGAUCUUCUCCUCCACUGCGUCUGUUUUAACUGAUGUCAUUUCAUCUCUUUCACACCCCCCCCUCUCUCUCUCUCUCUCCUGCCCUUCCUCCUCUGUGCAAAUUGUUUUUAAAGCAUUUAAUGUUCUGUGUAACAGAGUUGUAUCUCUCAGUAGGAUUUUUGUCCUGUUUCUUUGUAAUGAUCAGAAUAUUUUGAUAUUGAACAAUUUAAUGUUUUUCACACUGAAACCUCAAUAAAAGGCUAAAUGGAUAA